AUGGAUCCUGACUUUACUAACGAAGCUCUUCGACGAGCCUCAACAUGUCCUCUUCUUCUCUACUCACUACUCGCUGUAUCCAGUAGUCAUAAAAGUCGCCUUCUGGAUGAUCCAGAUGUCGCACAAGACUAUGCGAGAUACGGUGAGGAAUACCAUGAGAAAUGCAUUAGUUUAUUGUUGCCUAUGCUCAACGACAGUGAAAGCAUCACAGAUGGUGCAUUCCUAGCAUGCUCCACCAUCCUCCGAUGGUACGAGGAGCUCAGUGCACCUAUCCAUGGAAGAGAUGAUGCAAGACACUUAUUGGGAGGCUACGCAUCAGUCGCCGAGUCUUUUAAACAGGAUCUGCCUUGGGAGGGGUUUCGACGGGCAGCACUAUGGAUUCACCUACGCCAGGAUAUUUUUAAUGCUGUCAUUAACCAGAGAGUACCCAGAACUAAUGUCAACCGAUUGGGAAUUGAUCGCAGUUCCUCACCCGCUGACGAAACAACUUGGGCCAAGCGAGUACUCUGUCUUGAGGCCGAGGUCGUCGAAUACUGCUUCAGCCACGAGGUAUCAUCAAUCCAGACGUAUGCAUGCCUUGAAUCCCGGUUGAAUGACUGGGACCGUCAGAAACCACAAACCUUCACGCCAGUCUUCUAUCAAGAGCGUGAUCCAUCCCAAGGAAGAUCAUUUCCCGUUGUUUCUGUGCUCUUGGAUAGUUGCGAUCAGAAUACUGUAUUUCUUGAGGUUGUUGUGCGGACUCGCCUGCUCAAGUCCGGUUCCGCCCGCCAGAGGGAUAACCUGCCUGGCCCUUUCUCUGUUUGGUGGUGGAAUUUCCUCGAGAACUAUGCCUAUGCAGUGCCAGAACCUCCACCUCGAAAACGCACCAAGCCUAUGGAGGUGCUCUGCGUGGGCUUACCUAGGUCUGCAACUGAGUCUCUCCAGACCGCUCUAUUGAAACUUGGAUACAUCAUACCUAUCACGGAUGGGAUAUUAUGGUUUGGCUCGCUCGAUGGCAACACUACUAUUACGAAAGAAGAGUUUGGCGAGGUACUUGGGCAAUCUGUAGCUGUCACAGAUGCCGCUGGUUCGGUGUUUGCGGCUGAACUCAUCGCCGGAUAUCCUGAUGCCAAAGUUGUACUCAACUACCGCGAAGACUUGGAUGCGUGGCAUGAGAGUGCUGUGAAGUCUUUAGUAAGCGUCCACGAGAAUUGGGUUCUAUAUAUACUAUCGUGUCUCGGGAAAGAGCCGUUCUGGGGCUGGCACGUUUACGAGAGGUUUAUGUGGCCUGGCCUGUUUCGGGCCCUGGAUGGCAACAUUGAGACAGGAAUUGCGAGAAAUGGUAAAUGGGUUUGCAAGGAACAUUGCAACAUGAUCCGCGGCCUCGUACCGAAAGAAAAGCUCCUCGAGUGGACUGUUGAGGGCGGAUGGGAAUCAUUCUGUAAGUUCUUGGACAAACCAGUGCCUGAAGAGCCCUUUCCUCACGUUAGCAAAGCUUCUGGCUGGGAGAAUCACGAAGCAGAAGUUACUAAACGAUAUCUGAUGAGUGCCUUGUCAGGCGUCGCUCUCUUAUCUGCUGUUGGAAUUGCAACAGGCGCCAUCGUAUAUAAAACCAUGUGGUGA